AUGGUUCUAUAUGAUGCAAUCUUCAUCAUCGAGCUCUUCUUGAAGGAUUGGGAAGACAAAAAUGAUUGUUUGCUAGAUAAACCACGCUUAAGAUUUGGUUUAGAACUAGAUUUGCAACUACCUGAAAAUCAACUUCCAUACUUCAUCCUCGAGAAAUUUUAUAGUUUAGCUAAAUCUGAAAGAGAAAAUUAUCCUGAUGACUUCAUUGGUCUUCCUCGUAAGUUCUAUGAUAGCUUGUCCAAUGAAGAACUUUCUUAUCAAGCAGAAGUUAAGCAUUUCACUGAUUUGAGAAGAAAUGAUUUAUCACAAAAUCUCCUUGAAGAAUAUGGUCCUCAUUUGUCAGGUUCACCUUCAGCAGUCAAACUCAACGAGUCGGGAGUGAAGCUUAAGGGUAUUAAAGGAGGUUGUUUACUUAACAUAGUACGAGAAAAGAGAAAUUUUAAAAUCCCAAUUCCAUACUUUAGUGGCGUUGAGUUAAAAAUUCCGCAUAUGGAAAUAGAAGAUGGCACAGAAACUGUGACACGAAAUGUGAUGGCAUUCGAACAGUGUCACUAUCCAUCAAAUCCUCACAUCUGUAACUAUAUCAAAUUCAUGGAUGAUCUUAUCGACACAGAGAAGGAUAUAGAUUUGCUUAUUGAAAAAGGAAUUCUUUUAAAUAGUCUAGGCGAUAAUGCUACAAUCGUGCGGAUGUUUAAUAGAUUUGGCCUGAACAUUACUUUAAGUAAAUCAUGUUACAGUGGUAUUGUCAAGGAUCUAAAUGAACAUUAUAAUAAUGGUUGGAACCAUGCCAGGGCAACCUUGAAGCGUGUUUAUUUCAGCAAUCCAUGGAAAGGCACUGGAACUAUUGCUGCAAUUAUACUGUACUACUUACAUCCAUACAAACCAUUUGUUCCAUUAAGCAAGUUUUGUGGUUUUAGUAAUUGUUGA